AUGGCGGGGGAGAAGCGGCGACUAGAUACACCACGUCGUCAAGAUGGGGAUAGAGCUCCGAAGCGUGUUCGCGUGCAGCUCGGCGAGCCCCCCGUCCCGGACCCAUCGCGUGGGCGGGGCAGAGGGAGAGGUCGUGGACAGAGAUCGUGGGCUGGUCCCGGGCAAGCCCCCCCGUACCCCUCGGCCGCACCCGGGCGCGGCUGGGCGCCCCGGGGCCGCGGUCCCGCGGACGGGGGGCGCAUGUACGGAGGUCGGGGUCGGCGGGGACCGCGCGAGACCGCCGAGGAUCGCUUCAGGCGGCUGGGCGUCGAGGAGAAGACGGAGGUGUUCCGCAUCCGCUCGCGCCUCGACCUGGGCGGCGCGGGCGAGGGGCGCGAGGCCGCGGCGAUGGCCGCGAUGGCGGAGCUCGCCGAGGUCUUCAAGGACUGGCGGAAGUGCGACGACUUCAAGCUGGUGAUGUCGACGGACGAGGAGCGCAUGCUCGGCGGCAGCUUCCUGCCCCGGCGCGACGUGAUCGAGCUGUGGCGCCAGAAGACGCGGAUGGACGUGGUGUUUGACCGCGGGAGGUCGAGCUACUACUACAGGGCGCGCGACGAGACGUUCCCGCAGGACCGCAAGGGCGGGAAGCGCAACUGGAACCGCGCGGGCGACAAGCUCCAGGAGGUGCACGAGGCCGUCGAGAUCUACGCGCUCCUGCCGUGCAACGAGUUCGGGGCGCGGACGCGCGCGACGAAGACGCAGUUCCUGGACGUGUGCGGCGGGCCGGGCGCGUUCACACAGGUGCUGCUGCGGGAGGCGCCGGAGCCGACGUUCGGGUUCGGCAUCACGCUCAAGUGGGAGGGCAUGAAGAAGGACGACCAGUGGUACGAGACGCUGUUCGACCACCCGGCGUUCCAGCCGCUGUUCGGCGCGGACGGCACGGGCGACGUGCUGCGCGCGGACAACGUCGAGAGCUUCCGGAAGGCCGUCGGGGAGGCCACCUGCGACAUCGUCGUGGCCGACGGAGGGUUCGAGAUUGGUCGCGACGCCGAGGGGCAGCACAUGGAGAACAUCCAGGAGCUGCUGUCGUGCCCGGUGAUCCUCGGGGAGGUGCUCAUCAUGCUGUCUGCGAUCAAGGAGGGCGGGAACUUCGUGUGCAAGCUCUUCGACACGCUGUCGCCGCUGACCGUCUCCCUGCUCUACCUGAGCACGGGGCUCUUCCGCGAGACGCUCAUCGUGAAGCCCUUCCGCUCGCGCAUCGUCAACUCGGAGCGCUACCUCGUCUCCAAGGGCUUCCUCGGCCGCAGCAACCCGCUCUUCGCCCCCACGCGCGACAUGCUGGCCGCCGUGCACGCCGCCAUGGAGCCGCACAAGCUCGCCAUGUCGCCCGGGUCGGUGGUGCCGCUGCGCUGGAUGCUCGAGGACGCGGAGUUCACGGCGACCGUCAACGAGAUGAACGCGCAGCUCGCGGGGAAGCAGACGCAGGGGCUGGUCCACGUGAUGGACCUGACCUUCCAGCUGCUGUCCGCGGACAGGGUCGACCUGGGGCCGGAGACGGACGCGGUCGAGGCUAAGGACGGCGUGCUGCCGGAGUACAGCGCCGCGGCGCAGCGCAUGAUGAAGCUGAUGCACCACGCGGAGGGCGAGGCGCUGGGACGCGACGCCAAGCGCGAGGUGCCGCACAUCGGGGAGAUGGUCGGGCGCGGGCAGACGCACCGCGGGGGGAUCGGGCUGUACAGCGGGGCCGGGGCGGGCGCCGCGGCCGCGCGCCCGGGGCUCGGGGCCCGCCCGAAGCCGGAGCCCGGCGCCGCCGACGUCUACGGCGACGGCGGGCUGCCGCGGGCCGGGCUGGGGUUCCCGAAGGCGGACCCGGAGGCCGACGACGCGCACGCAGUGGGGGCCGCGCCGGCGCCGCUCAGGCCCGACGUGGCGGCGCUGUACGGACCGGACGAGGACGAGGCGGGGGGUGCGGGGGCGGCGGCGGCGCCCCCGGACCCGUUCCUGGAGAAGUACCGGAUCCAGAAGGUGCUGGGUGAGGGCACGUACAGCAAGAUCCUGCAGGCGCGGAGCCUCGAGGACGGGUCGGUGGUGGCGCUGAAGAUGGUGUCGCUGGAUCAGCCGGGGGGGUUCCCGAUCACGGGCCUGCGGGAGCUGCGCGUGCUGCAGGAGCUCAACCACCCGAACGUGAUGCGGGCGCGCGAGGUGCACGCGUCGACGGGCCACGCGCUCGCGGCCGCGCCGGAGGAGGACGGCGACGCCGGCGGCGGGGGGCACAAGGAGACGUUCACUGGGCGGGACGUGCUGUACCAGGUGCUCGACUUCAUGGACAGCGACCUGGAGGGCUGGAUCCGGCGGAUGCAGCCGACGCUCCCCGAGGUGAAGUGCAUCGUCGGGCAGACGCUGGCGGGGCUGGCGUACCUGCACAGCGUGGGGUGGAUGCACCGCGACAUCAAGCCGGCGAACGUGCUGAUGGACCGGCACGGGCGCGUGUGCCACGCGGACUUCGGGCUGGCGCGGUUCGUCGGGCGCGACCCCAACGUCCUGCGGUGGAUGACCCCGGGGCUGUUUUCCAUGUGGUUCCGCCCGCCCGAGAUCCUCCUCGGCGCGCCCAAGUACGGGUACGCCGCGGACGUGUGGGCGGUCGGGUGCAUCCUCGGCUUCGCGCUGCGGGGCACCGUCGCGGAGCCCAAGCACCUCUUCCGCGGCGAGGACGAGCGCGACCAGCUCAGCAAGAUCCUCGACCUGACCGGGGAGCUCAGCCUCGAGGACUGGCCCGGGGUCAAGAGCCUCAGGGGCGCGCAGAUGAUCGAGUCGCGCAUCCAGGAGGCCGGGAUCCCGGAGUACGCGAAGCUGCGCGCCGCCCUGCCCGCGGACACGGACGACGCGGGGUUCGACCUCCUGCGGCAGCUCCUGCAGCUCAACCCGGGGAAGCGCAUCACGGCCGCGGCGGCGCUGUCGCACCCGUGGUUCCAGUCGGAGCCGCUGCCGUGCGCGUCGGGCGAGCUGCGGCAGCUGGCCGCGGGGAUGGGCCUGGAGAUGGCUGCGCGCGAGGGGGCGCAGCAGGUGGACCUGACCAGGGGGCGCGGGCCGAAGAAGGCGUUCAAGACGGCCUUCUCCGCGCAGCACUACAAGAAGCAGUACACGGGGGCGGACCGCCUCAGCCAUCUCAAGCUCAAGAAGGCGGACGUCGCCGCCGAAGAGGACGGCAACGACGCAGACGGCGACGCAGCUCCGGCUGCGGGGGACGGCAACGACGCUGUGCCAGCCCCGGACGGCGAAGUCGCCGUCAAAAGAGAACCGGAGCACGAGGACGGAGACGGUGACGCCGCGGCGGAGGAGAAACCUCCUGCCGAGGCGUCUCCUGCACCUGCGGAAGAGAAACCAGCGGUGUGA